GUGCGUGUGUUUGCAGGCAUGGCAAAGUUGUUAUGAUAGUCAAAGCUGCACCUCAGUCAACAUCUGCACAGCCAAUUGCAAGAUCUUCAUGACUGCAGUACGUACAUCUAAGGUCAGUGUUGUGUUCUGUGCCUGGAGGUGGAACAGACUACUCUGCAUAUCCACUGUCAGACAAAAUGAGUCUGGCACUGCAGGAUCUUCUGGUCUGCUGCAGGGGGUUGGAAAAUGACAAAGCAACAGAAAGGAAGAAAGAAGCUGAACGCUUCAGACGGCUCAUUCGAUCUUCUGAGACUGUGCAAGAAUUGGAUCGCACCUCAGCACCUAAAGCUAAAGGAUCCAAGCAGCUCACAUGGGAUGCUGUUUUCAGGUUCUUGCAGCGCUAUCUCCAGAAAGAGACAGAAAACAUGCAGUCGAGUAAAUCCAACGUUACAGCAACAACGAUGGCCAUGCGGCAGAAGAAGAUGGCUGAAAUCUGCAGCUUGAUCAAGUACUUCAUUCGCUAUGCAAACAAACGUGGACCUCGUCUAAAGUGCAGCGAGCUGCUGAAACAUGUAAUGGAGGUGCUGCAGAGUUCAUACCACUGCUCUGCUUAUGGAGAAAAUUAUAGCAGCCUCCUUUUGAAGGACAUCCUCUCUGUCCGCAAGUACUGGUGUGACAUCACUCAACAGCAGUGGCAAAACCUUUUGGAUUUGUACUGUGACUUGUUCAGCUCCUCAUCAAAAUCCAUCAAUCGUAAUCUAGUGAGCAGAGUCAUCCACACAGUGGUGCAGGGCUGCUGCAUGCAGGCUGAUGGAUCCACUGAUGCCCUUUUCACUUUCUUUUCCAAAGCACUACUUAAUGCCAGGCAGGAGAAACACCUGACAGUUUUGGAGCAUCUCAUGUCAGCUCUGAACAUCUUUUUGAGAUCCUCAGCUAUGAACUGCAGGAUGAGAGUAUGCCGUCUGGGAGAGGAGCUUCUGCCUUCGGUAAUUUACGUGUGGGGAGAUAUGAGGCCGAGUACGUCCCUCAAAGAGGAUAUUGUGGAGUUCUUCAAGCUGCAGAUCUGUGUUCACCAUCCCAAAGGAGCCAAGACACAAGACACAGGUGCUCAUGCUGAGGACUGGAGCAGGUGGCGGGGUCUGCUGUACAACCUGUACGACGCUUUAGUCAGAGAGAUCAGUCACAUCGGCAGCAGAGGGAAGUAUGUGACGGGAACCAGACACAUAGCUGUGAGAGACAAUCUUAUUGAGCUCACAGCUGACAUCUGUCACCAGCUUUUCAGUGACGGCGGUGAUGCCUACGCCCUGGAGGUCACUCAGCCGGGCCUCAGAGCCACGCAGAUGGGCAGUCCUACCCAAGGAGCGGCCAGCAAGCGACGGCGCAUUGAAAUAAGCUGGGAAGUCCUUCGUGAGCAUUUGCAGCCCCAGCACAACGACUUUGAUGUUAUACCAUGGCUGCAGAUCACCGCAGUGCUCACCUCUAAGUACUCGUCCACGGUGCCCGGCCAGGAGCUGGUCCUGCUGCUGUCGGGGCUGUACCAGCUCCUGGCGGAGCAGCGCCGGGGGGAGAGGGGGCUGUAUGUGCUGCGCUGCCUGAGGGAGGUGGCAGAGUGCCAGGCCCGCUGCCCACAGAGGGCGCAGAUCCACAGGGCGGAGCUGGACAGGCUCUGGGUUCGGAUAUGGGCCCUUGCGGUCCGAGGAGUCGGCUCGCCCCAGACAGAGUCUCUCAGUCUGGAGCUGCUGGCCUCCAUCGUCCACGGUGGGCUGAUUAACUUGGACAGAGACUUCUGGAAAAUCUUCUCUGCAUCUGCAUGUAAACCAACCCGGAGUGCUGCGCUCUGUCUAGCCCAGGCCAUGCUUACCUGUCCAGUCCCCAAAAGUGUCACGUCGAGCUCACGCUGGGACUUUGUGGGAGUCACGGAGGGGUGCGCAUCGUCUAAUCUGAAGGAGAACCUUGUCAACUGGCUGCUGAUGAGCGACCAGAGCGACGAGCUGGAGGACAGCAGCAGACCUCACCCCAUCAUCUGCAGAGACUUUCCUCACAAUCUUAUAGCCAGCAUCUUGGUUUCACUUACCUUGAAAGACACAAGAGUCGGCCUGAAGUUUCUGCUGGGUCCUGAAGGAAUACUAAGUGCCUUUCAUCAAGAACAAGUGUUGUCUGGCGGCAAAGACAGCCUGGAGGAGAUUGAGAGACUGUACCAACAGUUUAGCCUCAACACGUUGCCGUCAGAGAUCCGAGCGGCUGACGAGUCGGUGGCGGCGGCUCCGGCCGACACUCAGUUUGCCGUCGUCCCCGUCCUCAGAAGCAAGCUGGAGCAGUCCAUGAUUUCUCUGGCUGACGGUCUGCUCAACUGUUACUCUCCCAACUCUCCGUCCACCCCCGCCGAGUGUCUGGUGCGCUGCUUCGCUCAGCUGACCGGCGUUCUGGCAGGUUACGUCGUGACCGGGUGUUUGAGUGAGGAGGAAGCCUGCCGCUCACGGCUCUUCUCUAAAGCAAAGGAUGUGGCCCAGGACUUGAGUGGGUUUAUUUCCAGCGUGAAAGUGAAGAUGUCGGAGGUGGGGACCAUGUCCACGCUGAGAUCAGUCAUGGAGCUCUGCACUGAGUCCUCAAGCAGAAAAACAAAGCGUCGCGUGUGUGCCAUCUCCUCCAGGCUGUUCAUAAUGACCCUGCCCGCCAUCCUCCUCAGUGACCUGGCAGAAAUCUGCAAACUUCUGCUGAGCAGUGUUUCUAAGAAAGCCAGCGUGACAGACGACAACGAACAUGUGGACGAUGACUGGGAGACGAGCAGAGUUCAACAACCCGGGGACGACUUCGACCUGUUUGACGACGGAGACGAGUCUCACAGCGGCACCAACGGGACCAAUAAGCAGAAGGGAGAAAGCAACGACGCCAGCUCUAGCUCAGGUGCUAAAAGUCUGCUAGCAGAGGAGUAUCUGGCGCUGCAGGACCAGGCUCUCCUGGCAGUCCUGGAGUUCCUGUGCGAGUGCGGCUCCGUGCAGCCCGUCCACGGCCUGCUCUUUAAACCGCAGGAGGUGCGGCGCAGGCUGCUGCAGUCGGUGGAGCAGAUUGACUUCAGCAAAGCCCUGCACCUCAACAUGUAUCUCGUCCUCUUGAAGAAGCUUCCCACUGGGGACUCGCUCUCUCCGGAGGAUUUUGAUCUGCUGCUCCGUCCUCUAGCGGACCUGUGUUCUCUGUAUCGUCAGGACCAGGAGGUGUGUGCUGCUGUGCUGCUCAGUCUGCUACCGUCCAUAAAGAGCCUGGGAAAAAGCCAUCACAUGCCGGAGGAGAUGAGACACGUUCAGGGAUCUCUGCUGAAAGUGGUGGCUGGCUUCUGUUUCCUGAGCCAGACGGGCAAAUGUGUGCCGGCCGUGCGAGCUGCUUUAGUGCAGUGUCUGGUGGCUUUGCUUGAGGCUGACCCGUGCUGUAACUGGGCGUUACUCAGUCUGAGAAGUGCUGAUUCAGAGGAAGAUUGUCCAGUGUCUUCUGUCCUCCCAACUUACCUCGCUGAUGCCCACCACCAAGUUCGCAUGCUGGUGGCCAUGUCGGUGGAGAGACUUUUUCUCAAGGUGAGAGCGGAGACUCCAGCUACGAGGAAGAUGCUGCCACUGAAACACCAGCAGGGGGCUUUUGAGAACAUCUACCUGAAAGCUCAGGAGGGCAUGAAGCUCCCGAGAGGCCUCUGUUCAGAAGUCCAGCAGGACGAGGCUUUCAACCGCAAGGCCGCCCUGCUGAAGAGUCUGUCCGUGGUGCUGUGUUGCAGCCCGGUCUGUGAAAAGCAGUGUCUGUUUGCGCUCUUCCAGUCCUACAAGGAAAAUAAUAUCGAGGAACAGCUUAUCAAAAAGAUGUUGUGUGGCGUCUCGAAGGUGCUGGGCUACAGGGGCGUGAAGACGUUUGUCAGCUCUCACCUGUACUACCUGGUAGCUGAGUGGCUUGCACAGCGACAGUCCGACGACCGCUACACUCUUGGGUCUUUCCCCUACAGUCUGCUGGACCACGACACAGUCAGAGAUUUUUACAACGCUUCCUAUCAGGUGCUCAUCCCCCACCUCGUCUUCCUGGAUGACUUUGAGCAGGUCAAAUCUAUCGGGAGGUAUCUCGAGAAGGACUGGAAACUCUUGUUGGCCGACUGCUUUCCUAAGAUCAUGGUCAACAUCUUGCCGUACUUUGCGCUGCCGGGUCAGGAUUCGCAGGUUGCCCAGCAGAGGGAGAAGGCCCACAGAGUGUACGGCCUGCUCAAAGACGACAGCUGCCUGGGCAAGCAGCAAAUUGACAACCUGAUCCACAGUAACCUGGCAGACAUUGUAGUGGAACUGCUGAUGACUCUGUAUGAAAAAAGCGGCGCCGAAGGAGAUGGAGGAGACCUGAAACGCUUUAUUGGAGAGUUGGAUCCAGCGCCCAAUCCGCCGUACUUCAGCUCUCACGUCAUCAAAGCUACUCUGGACUACCUCAGCAAGUGCCACAGCGCCAACCACAAGUCACUGGUAGCCAUUCUGUCCAAAACCCCGAUUUCUAUCCAGAGGAUCCUGCUGGCGGUGUGUGAAAGAGCAGCAGAGACGACCAACGGCUACGAGCGCCACCGCAUCCUGCUCAUGUACCAUUUGUUUGUCAGCCUGCUGCUGAGGGAGGUGAAGGACGGCCUGGGAGGAGCCUGGGCCUUCGUCCUCAGAGACAUCAUCUAUACUCUCAUCCACCACAUCAACAGCAGACCACUUCAGUGCGACGAGGUGUCCAACAGGAGCCUCUCUCUCUGCUGCGACCUGCUCACCUCCGUGUGCCGGGCAGCGCUGCAGUUCUGUGACGAUGCUCUGGACUGCCACCUGCAGGUCAUUGUGGGGACUCUGACUGCUCAGGUGACCAGCAGGCCCUCUAUCUCACAACAGGUGCUCAGUCUGCUGCAGUUCCUCGUCAUGGAAAACCAGCAGAAGUUAAAAGGAGCCAUCAGUCAGCUGGAGCCUUUUCCUGAUAUCCCUGAAUUUAGAGAGCUGCGGUCUGUGCAGCACAAACUCAAAUACAACAGCGGCACCUUCAACCUGAGACAGGAGAUAGCCCACUUCCUCUCCGUGGCGUCCUGCGACUGCUUACCGCUCACCAGACUGGAGGGGCUAAAGGACCUGACCAGGCAGCUCCACCACAGCAAAGAUCAGAUCCCAGAGCUGCUCAAAGAGUGCCAUGCUGAGCCCACAGACAGUGUGCUGGUGAAGCUGGUCCUCAGCCUGCUGCAGCUCUGCAAACUAGCAGCCAACCACCCUGGAGGAGCCCACAUUCUGGAGGCAGCGGGCGGCUGUCUGGGAGAACUGGGCCCAGUGGAUUUCUCAACCAUCGCCCUUCUGCACGGCAGAGAUCCGCUCUACGAAAGAGCCGCGUCUCUCUUCAGCUCCACUGAGCCGCAGUGUCUUUUCAUCACCCUCAACUGCAUGAACGACGCCCUCACGCAGCAGCGUAUUGAGGUGAGACGGGCUGCAGCUCAGUGUGUGAAGAACAUCUUUGCUACCCAGUCUGGAGUGGACUUCUGGGACCAACACAAAGACAAGAGAGACCCCAUGCUGGCUUACCUCAAUCCUUUCCGAACAGCCAAGAGCAAGGUGGCUGCUGUGAGUGUUGAAGAGAGUUUGGAGGCCAAAGAGAAGCUGCAGAGCCAGGAGUUUUGGAUUCCCCAGGCGGGCAGCCACAAGGCCUGGCUGAAGGCUCUGUGCAGCUCGCUGCUGGACAGCGGGGGGGUCAGGAGCGAGGCGCUGCUGCUGUCACGGCCGCUGUGUCUGGUGAGUGUGGACUACUGUCAGAAGUUGCUGCCCCUCAUCAUUCACUCCGUCCUCCUGGGCGACUCCAAUAGUUCGUGGAGGCAGCUGCUCUCCUCCCACAUCCAGGAGUUCUUCAGCUUCUGUUCAAGAAGUGCUCAGGCUGCCAGUCGAUCUGCCACACCUCUUAACUCUGACUCUGAGUCUGAUACUGCCAGCCAGGGCUUGUAUGAUAAGACCUCUCUGCGUACCAUGCUGGCUGUUAUUGACUAUCUGAGACAUCAAAAGAGACCACUGGAGCACAAUAGUAACUCCUGUGGGACAGUGUGUGACUCCAACUUCUGGCUUGAGCUGAACUACCUGGAGGUGGCCAAAGCUGCUCAGUCCUGCUCAGCUCACUUCACCGCUCUGCUGUACACGGAGAUUUACGUGGACAAGAUCAAAGCCAACAUGGAGGAAAGUCGCAAAACCAAGCCCAGAGCAACACGCAGGAUCAACUUUGAGGACAACAGCCAGAACUUCACCAUUUCCACUCUGACUGCGAAGAGUGUGGAAGACACUAAUAUCAGUCUGCAGGAGCUGCUGAUCGAGGUGUAUCGCAGCAUCGGAGAGCCUGAUAGCCUGUAUGGCUGCGGAGGAGAGACAAUGACCAGUCCACUGACAAGGAUUCGAACCUAUGAACAUGAAGCUAUGUGGGGAAAAGCGCUGAGCUCGUACGAUCUUCACUCCACUCUACCUGAGGUCACUCGGCAAGUUGGCAUUGUGGAGGGCCUGCAGAACUUUGGUCUCAGCAACAUCCUGGCCACCUACAUGAGGGGUCUGGAGAGUGAAGGGGUGGAGUGGGGAGCCGAGCUGCGAGAGCUGCGCUUUCAGGCAGCGUGGAGAAGCACCCAGUGGGACUGCGAGCUGGCAGAGAGGAGUGAGAAAUCUAAUCCUGGCUUCCACGAAUCGGUCUUUUGUGCCCUGCAAGCACUGAGGGACAAAGAAUUCUCCAUAUUUGAUGAAACUCUGAAAGAGGCUAGAGGUGCCGAGGUGGAGGAGCUCUGCAGGGGCAGCCUGGAGGCCGUGUCUUCUCUGUAUCCAGUCCUCAGGAACCUGCAGAGCAUCAGGGAGCUGGAGAGUGUUAAACAGCUCUUCUCCAGACCCUUCUCUGAUGUGGCUCUGAGAGACACUUGCAGCCAGUGGCGGCAGCAGUCGCAGCUGCUCGUGGACAGCGACUUUGCCGUGGUGGAGCCCAUUCUAGCCGUGCGCUCCGUGGCCCAGCAAGCCCUGUUAUCCAGGUGUGGAAACGCAGACGGCGCGGAAUACCUCAGCUCUGUGCUCACCGAACACCUCAUGGAGCUGUGCCGCUUGGCUCGCAACGCUGGAAAUACACAGCUCGCAGAGUGUGCAGUACAUCAGAUGAAGCAGCACAGCGGUGGAGGGGCCCGGGCGUCGCUGCCGGUGUCGUCGUGGCAGCUGGAGGAGGCCCAGGUGUUCUGGGCGAAGGGAGAACAGGGUCUGGCUCUGGGCCUGCUGAGACAGAUGACUAACAGUCUAGAGGAGAAGGUGGAUUUAAAUCCCGCUUUGGCUCCACUGUACACCGAGUGCCUCAGAUUGUGUGGGACCUGGCUGGCUGAGACCUGCUUGGAAAGUCCUGGAGUUAUUCUGGAAAAGUACCUGGAGAGAGCCGUGGAGGUGAUAGAGGAGGAAUCGCAGGACUCCAGGCUCCGGAGUCAGCGGACUGAGGCGUUCCUGUCUCUGGCUCGCUUCUCCGACGCUCAGUACCAGAGCAUCGACAAGUACAUGAACUCCUCCGAGUUUGAGAACAAGCAGGCCCUGCUGAAGAAGGCAGAGGAGGAAGUGGACUUGAUGAGGGAGCGCAAAGUGAUCUCCAACAGGUACACAGUGAAAGUGCAAAAAGAGCUGGAGCUGGACAGGAAGGCUCUGUCCAACCUCCGGGCGGACAGGCAGCGCUUCCUGUGCAAGGCUGUGGAGAACUACAUCCGGUGUCUGGAGCAGGGCGAGGAGCACGACACCUGGGUGUUUCGCCUGGCGUCACUCUGGCUGGAGAACGCUGACAUCAAAGUCGUAAACGACAUGAUGAAGAAAGGAGUAAAGAAGAUCCCGUCCUACAAGUUUCUGCCCCUCAUGUAUCAGCUGGCUGCUCGAAUGGGAACCAAGAUGGCGACCGGUGUCUCCGAGGACACGGGCUUCCACACCGUCCUCAACGAUCUGAUCUGCCGAGCCUCUCUGGAACACCCACACCACACGCUCUUCAUCAUCUUCGCCCUGGUGAACGCCGACAAAGACGAGAUCUUUUGCAAGUCUCGACCCUCUAAGAGUGCUCCGCGGCAGACCUCGCCCUUUGACCUGGAACGCUCAGGUGUGGCUCGAGAGAUCAUCGCUGCCAUCAGGAAGAAGCGCGGUGAGAUGAUCCGAGGUAUCGAGCGCCUGUGCGACGCUUACAUCACUCUGGCUUACAUGGACGCGAGCAAGCACAAGACUGAGAAGAAGGCCAUUCCCAUCCCUGCAGAUCAGCCCAUCAUGAAAAUCAAAGACCUCAAUCAGGUUGUCAUCCCCACUAUGGAGAUUAAGGUGGAUCCAUCUGGUCGCUAUGACAACCUGGUGACGAUUCACUCCUUCAAGCCCCACUAUCACUUGGCCGGAGGAGUCAAUCUGCCCAAGAUCAUCGACUGCCUGGGCUCUGAUGGGAAGAGCAGGAGGCAGCUGGUCAAAGGUCAGGACGACCUACGGCAGGAUGCGGUGAUGCAGCAGGUCUUCAGCAUGUGCUCCAUGCUGCUGCAGCGCAACACAGACACUCGGAAGAGGAAGCUCAACAUCAGACGAUACAAGGUGGUGCCGUUCUCGCAGCGCAGCGGUGUGUUGGAGUGGUGCUCGGGCACCAUGCCCAUCGGGGAGUUCCUGGCGGAGCCCAACAAAGGAGCCCACAAACGUUUCCGACCCCUGGACCUGGCCAACAUGGCCUGCCGCAGGAAGAUGAUGGAAGCUCAAUGUCUUGGAUUUGAUGGGAAGCUCGAGGCAUACAACGAAGUGUGCAAAAAGUUCAGGCCGGUCUUUAGGUAUUUCUGCAUGGAGCGAUUCCUGGAUCCCGCUGUGUGGAUGGAGAAGCGGCUGGCUUAUACUCGCAGCGUGGCCACCUCAUCCAUAGUGGGCUACAUCGUUGGUCUUGGCGACAGACACAUCCAGAACAUCCUGAUCGAUGAGCAGACGGCUGAGCUGGUGCACAUUGACUUAGGCGUAGCCUUUGAGCAGGGGAAGAUCCUCCCCACCCCGGAGACGGUGCCCUUCAGGCUCUCUCGGGACAUCGUGGAUGGGAUGGGCAUCACUGGAGUGGAGGGAGUUUUUAGGAGAUGCUGUGAGAAGACAAUGGAAGUGAUGAGGAGCUCGCAAGAAGCCCUUCUGACAAUAGUUGAGGUGCUGCUGUACGACCCUCUGUUUGACUGGACCAUGAACCCUCUAAAGGCCUUCUACCUGCAGCACGACGAGCAGCAGGAGCUCAAUGCCACGCUAAGCUCCACCAUGGGAGGCGACGUCAUCGACAACCACCGUAAAUCCAGUGACAACCAGAACUCCAACAAGGUGGCGAAGCGGGUGCUGCUGCGGCUGCAGGAGAAGCUGAAGGGGGUGGAGGAGGGAACGGUGCUCAGCGUAGGGGGGCAGGUCAACCUGCUCAUUCAACAAGCCAUGGACCCCAAAAACCUCAGCAGACUCUUCCCAGGGUGGCAGGCCUGGGUGUAGAGCGCAGGAAAGGUACAUGUGGGGACUCAAGUUACUACUUUAACACCCAGAAAUAAAUGAGCUGAUGGAAACAGGUCAGCAUCAUUUUGGAACCGUGUUUCUGCCAACGUUUGCACUUUAAUAGAAAGCCAUAGUAGGAGAUCUUGUUGAAUGUUCGGGAAAAAAAUUAACUGUGGAAUUAGACAAUGCACCAGUGUAAAGUCCUGAAUGUGGCGUGUUUGUGGAAACACUUCCUUAUUCUUGACUGAAUGGUGAAGCGAUGAAUUACAGAUAGCAACUCUCCAAAGUUCUCAUGAAUGUAUACUGUAUCGUAUCUCUACAGUUGCAUCAUUAUCAGGCACAGUUUUGGUUCCUUUUAACUGUCUUCUAACAAUCAGAGGUCAGUUAUUUUAUUCAUAGGUUAAAGAUUAAUGAUGCAAAAAAAUAGGAAUGUGAGAUGUAUGUAUAGUUUCUACUUUUCAUCAACUACUUUGUUGAUUUGCCUUCCUUUGCCUGCUGCUCAUUAACGUGACUAUCAUUUAAUAAAUAUAAAAAUAUGCUUG